CCAAAGCAUUUGAGAAACUAGUGCUAGAAACACAAACAAGUCUUCAUCAGCUAUUUUUGAAAAAGGCAGACAAGAACCCAAAUAGUACAGUGAUGAUCCAAUCUGCCAACAUUCCUUGGUCUUGGGUUGCUAUUCACGUUGCCAAGAUGCUAAUUGAGUAUCCUACAGGAUUAACCAAUGUUGUUUUAUUAGCCAUGCUUGAAGUUCAGUGGGAAAAGGCAUUUCUAAGAAAGUUUAAAGGAUUUGAUUCAGAUUUUGGCACGAUCCAAGCUGUUUACGAUAGCAUCUCAGCCGAAACCUUCUUACUCGAAACUACCGUCGUCGAUUGGGAACCAAUACCGGCUGCCAACACUUUCAGACUGACCGUGACAGAUGAUCAGAUACGGCAAAUGGAUUUGAUGAUGCAUCCCAAGUUUACUUCUUGGAUCAGCAACAACAAUUUCUUUAAAAACCGAAAACUACGUAUGAUCUGCCCACCAAAGGCAAACAUGCCUGUUCAGGAUCCUAACCUGCCACGUCGAUCACGUAUUGCCCUGAUUCCACCCACUGAUUUGCUCUUGAUAAUGUUAACCCAAAGUGAUAAAGCAUUCGUUGAGGGCCAUUUUACAAAGAUAAAAGAUGUUCAUAGCCUCUCAGACUACAAUGUCUGGCUCAAGAUCAUACAUGUUGAGGAACACAAGCAUGAGCGAAAGAAAAAGACGGAUAUUUAUUUAGCAGACAUGAGCAGUGAUACACUUCCUGUCAUAUUAACCCUGUUUGAUGAACAGAUUCAGCUGGCAUCUAUCUUUCGAAGAAAUGAUUAUAUGGGCCUUUAUCGUCCACAAUAUGUCAAUGCUGGUCCGCAACCAAUGAAUCCUUCUGGAAUUGUCCUACACUACUCAAAUGAUACAGUCAUAUUUCUGAUGCCAGAAUCUGAAGCACAAGCAGCAGGGUUGGCCAAGACUAAUUUAUCUAGUUAUAUUCAAAGCCAAGGUACAAUCAACUCUAGUAAUAGCACGAAAAAGGAGAUAUUACAGCGUGAUGAGGAGGGGUUCAUGGAUUGCUCGAAUUACAUACCAAGGAUAUAUGUCAGUGAUCUUGUUCACUGUAUGCUGAAUGUAACUUUAUUGGGCAAAGUAGUGGGAUUAGCCAAAAAUAACCCCUUUUAUAAAGAUGGAAAAAGAAUGGAUAGAUACGCUUUGCGGAUUGCUGAUACAACAGGUAUAAUGGAUAUCACACUUUGGGAAGAGGCUGGACAUGACUCGAGAAAGCUAAGAGUCGGGCAAUAUGUCCUAUUAGAACAGUUGACAACUUCUGAUAUGCAACUGAACGGCUUACAAAAAGUAUGGUAUGUUAAUGGAAGCGUGAUCUGCGGCACUAAAGUGUACAACAUCUCUACCAUCACGUCACUUUUGACGAGCUCAUCCUUCCGUAUGCCUAUGCCACUAUGGCAUGCCAAAGAAGCCAAAAGCGAUCAUUUUCAAAUUGAAGCAACUAUAGUUGGAUGGGAGCUACAUACCUUUAUAAACAGACAGAAGGUCAUACAUGACUCAAAUCAAAGCCAAGAUCUUGACACUAUGCCAACACAAUGUAUAGUGUCAGCUGCACACACAACGUGUCUUUUACCACUAUCAUCUAGUAUACUCGAAUGUGAAUUUUGUGGAUAUCCUGUAAAUAAUGAAACCAUACAUGUUUUCCGACCGCGAUCAAGCGACGCAUCGGAAGACAAAGGUUGGAUCGAGUGGGUAUUAGAUGAUGGUACAAGCACAUGUCAUGCUUUUGGAGGAGAAGAAACACUGUUAAAUAUUACCGCAUACAACUAUAGCAAGCUAACACAAAAAACACAGAUUCAUAUGUUGAAUGACCUGAUAGGAAUGUCAGUUCUGUGCUCUCUUACUGAUACGAACUCUUCUGGUUGUUACAGGAUUGAACAAGUCGCCUUUGUCGAACCUACUUUAAAGGAAUGUGAAGAUUUGCUUGAAAAGGUGUCAAAAUAAAAUGCACGCAUAGACAUUAAAAUCAAGUUUCAGGCAUUCAAUUUUAUUCAUAUGUUGUUCUUG